GUGCUGUUAAUUUUUGCGCAUAACACCGGAGCUGACGUAUUGGGGUCCUGCGUGCCAUUAUACCACGGGAGUUUUUAUAACAGCGGAUAGAAUUAUCUUAACGAGCUAAUUUCUGUAACGGAUUUUAAGUUUUAUUCUAUGUAGACACUAAGUAGGUUUACCAACUGAAUCAGCUGUCUUUUCUUCUGUGUUCUUGGCAAGAACUGACCUGCCAGGACCUGACGGUGACGUCCCAUCGGCCUUUGCGGCUUCCCUUGUCUCUCUUUCUCCUUGCGCUCCCGAGUUGAGCGGGUGUCGCCAUUAGCCGACUGCCAUCAUGCCAGCCCUCAGACCCCUCAUCAAACCUAAGAUCGUCAAGAAGAGGACCAAGAAGUUCAUCCGUCAUCAGUCUGAUCGCUAUGUCAAAAUCAAGCGUAACUGGAGAAAACCAAGAGGUAUUGACAACAGAGUUCGCAGAAGAUUCAAAGGACAAAUCUUGAUGCCCAAUAUUGGAUAUGGUAGCAAUAAGAAGACAAAGCACAUGCUGCCUUCAGGAUUCAGAAAGUUCCUUGUCCACAAUGUCAAAGAGCUGGAGGUGCUGAUGAUGAGUAACAAGUCGUAUUGUGCAGAGAUUGCUCACAAUGUUUCCUCCAAGAAUCGAAAAGUAAUUGUGGAAAGGGCAGCUCAGCUUGCUAUCAAGGUUACCAAUCCAAAUGCAAGACUGCGUAGCGAGGAGAAUGAAUAGUUGUUCUUACACAACACUAUUUAAUAAAAUAUCAAAACUACUGAAAA